AUGGACAGCAGCCAACGAAACCCCACGCGGGAGGAGGAGUUUCUGAAAGACUUCUUUCGCACCUUCAAGGCCGAUGAAGCCGCCAUCCGUGAUGCCCUGGGUGCCGUGGAGUCUGGCGGGGCCACGGAGGCCAACCUGUGGGGCACAGGCAUACAUCCCCGGGUCCUCGAGCCGAAAGUGUUGAGCUAA